UGAGAUUGUGUGGCCUGCAAUGUGCAGGAGGUCAGACUAUAUGAUCAUGGUGGUUCCUUCUGACCUUAAAGUCUAUAGGUAAACAAUAUUUUCCUUAUUUGACAUUAGGUUCCAUAUUUUUAAAUUGUCCUACAGUAAUGGCUUUAAUAUGUAAUUAUCCGCUGAUUACUGGUUUUUGGUAUAUUGUUAAUCUUGGUACCUAAUUACUUACUGGAAGCAAUAUCAAAAUCUUGAAUUGAUUAAAAAAAGAGAUGAGUGAUUUUUGUUAUAGUUGACAAAUUAACAAAUUACAAUAUAUAAUAUUGUAACUAUAUAUAUAUAUAUAUAUAUGUUUAGACACCGUAAUAGCAUAUUUGUGAAUGGCUACAAUACAGAAAUUCAGACCAGCCAGUGGGCUACCUUCUUUCCCAGAGAGAUAAAAACACGUCAGCAAUCUCUAGUUAUGGUGAAGAGAAUAAUGGCUGUUGCAGUAUCAAGUAUUACUUACUUACGUGGAAUUUUCCCUGGAGAUGCAUACAGCACCCAUUAUUUAGAAGCAGAUCUGUGCGUUAAAGUUUUGCGAGAAGACAGCAUCUAUCCAAGAGUAUCCAAAAUUGUUAAACGGAUGAAAGCAUGCUUUGAGGCACUAGAAAAAAAAUAUCUGCAAAUGAUGAUUCUCGAAGCAUGUGCAGAAGGACACAGCUAACCCAAAUCAAUAAGAAAACUAAUUUAACAAAUGAUGCAACAGAAGACAUAAAGAGGACCUGUCUUCUUCUAAUUCAUAACCUCUAUUUUCUGAUGGAAAAUAUUGUUUCUCUUCCUAAUGAUGUCUCUCUCACUAUGAAGCUAUUUUAUUAUGCAGAUG